CGGCCCUCCAACUCUGCUCAAACUUCAGUGCUUCAAGCUUCACGCGUCCGCGUCAGCGCUGAGCGCUCCCCAGCGCGCUUACCGUGAUCGGCGGUAAGUACAUCUGAGAUCUUGAGCGCUUUAGCAAUCGCACUUGGACGCAAGUGCUCACCUCUCUGGACGACGUCCACAAGUCGACGGCAGGGCGAAUACGCGUUGCUCGUGUCGCUGAAUGAACACGAGAUUGUCGUGGAGGACCAUGACCGAGGGUCGACCUUCGGGCUCGGUCAACCAACUAUAUUAGUAGGUCGGUAGACUCGCAGGUACGGCCGUCAACCUCCUUCUUUUCCCCAUGGCACCAUAAAGAUGCGUCUAUACUCGCGACGAAGCUUUGUGAGCGCAAGCGGCUUCAACGGGAUCUACUGGGGCGUCGGGAGCGUCACGGUCGCACCCAGAGGUAUGUAUCAUACACACCUUCUGUACAGCCUCGCACGGCAGCGCACCCGCCACCCCGCAGAGCGUAGUCCGCUUCCAGAGAGAUGAAUAUAAGAGCUCGAGACGCCAUAGAUACGAAGGUUGGGACGGUGGAAGUGACGAAACGGGACACUUCUAAGUUAUGUGUACCGCAGCUGAUGGGACGGGUCAAAAAAAACUACCAGUUUUGAUACGUUCUUCUGAGCCUCCUCGUCCGCAGAAGCGCAAUGUCGCUCAUGCGACAGAGCAUGCCUUGAUGUCAUUUCGGAACCUCGGAGGAGUGAUCAUCAGCGUCUGCAGCUUCCUCGAGGGCGACCUCAGUCGAGCAUUGAGGGCCUGCGCCCACGCCCUGUACAAUCGACGAUGUACGCGCCGUAGGCUGUCGACUGC